GAUUUAUCUAUGAGGCUGAAAUACAAAACAAUAUUAACCGAUAAAAGAAACUCGUCUAUUUAAUUCAGUUUAGCCCUGGGCUUUCUCAACUUCAGUUAACCCCAUCCUUAUAAAGUGUGUGACUAUUUUGUUCAAUGGUCCGGCACAGAAUCGAGUGGUUGAAUUAUUUUUGUAUAUAAAUACGCAAGGUAACCGGAUUUUUCCUUAAAGUUAUAUUGUCUGCGAGUAUGACAGGGACAAUGGAAAGCUACCGUUUGACAUAUUUCAACAAAAGAGGGGGUGGUGAAAUUAUACGUCUCGUGUUUGUUGUGACGUCACAGACGUUUGAGGAUGAAAGAUUGACGUCAGAAGAGUGGCUAAAGAGAAAAGAAGAAAUGCCAAUGAAAAGUUUGCCCGUACUGCACGUUAAACGAGAGGACAAAGAAACAACGUUUUGUCAGUCGGGAGCCAUCGCCAAAUACCUCGCAAAGAAGUUUGGAAUUCAUGGUGAAAAUGAAGACGAGGGCUUAUUGGUAGACGAAGUGUACGACUGUGUUGGAGAUGUUCGAAAAUCCCUGGUACAAAUCCACUUUUGUAAAGACGAAACUACAAAGGCCGACUUACAGAAGAAGCUUAUUAGUGAGGUCUUGCCUAACUUCUGUCAGUACUUUCAAAGACGAAAGGCGAGUUUUGGUGAAGGUGGUUACAUAGUUGGCGGAAAGAUCUCCCUGGCUGAUUUAGCUGUUUUCAACAUGGUCGACAGCUGCUUGGAAAUGGGACUCAAGUCGCUAUGGCAACCAUACCCAGAAUUAUUGAAACACAGAGAACUGAUCAUGGAAAACGAAAAACUUUCAGACUGGCUUAAAACUCGACCUGUCACCGAGGUCUAGAUUUCCAUGCACUAUUUUUGGUGUCUUAUCUCCUUAACUUGUAUAUUAGUUAACCGUUGUCCCAUCCAAAAGUAUUAAUAUGUGUGCUAGUAUAUGUUGCUUUGUGCAAUAAAGAUGUAUGUUAGUUCACUGUUGUCUCAUUCAAAAGUAUUAAUGUUUGCGAGUAUGUUGCUUCGUGCAAUAAAGAUGUAUCAUGUUAGUUUACUGUUGUCUUAUUCAAAAGUAUUAAUAUGUAUGCGAGUAUGUUGCUUCGUGCAAUAAAGAUGUAUCAUAUUAGUUUACUGUUGUCUUAUUCAAAAGUAUUAAUAUGUAUGCGAGUAUGUUGCUUCGUGCAAUAAAGAUGUAUCAUGUUAGUUCACUGUUGUCUUAUUCAAAAGUAUUAAUAUGUAUGCGAGUAUGUUGCUUCGUGCAAUAAAGAUGUAUCAUGUUAGUUUACUGUUGUCUUAUUCAAAAGUAUUAAUAUGUAUGCGAGUAUGUUGCUUCGUGCAAAAAAGAUGUAUCAUGUUAGUUUACUGUUGUCUUAUUCAAAAGUAUUAAUAUGUAUGCGAGUAUGUUGCUUCGUGCAAUAAAGAUGUAUCAUGUUAGUAUACUGUUGUCUUAUUCAAAAGAAUUAAUAUGUAUGCGAGUAUGUUGCUUCGUGCAAUAAAGAUGUAUCAUGUUA